AUUAAGCACGUGACUUAACAAGGAAGCAGGAGACCUUUAUAAGUAACUUUUUAAGUGCGACGUUGCUGGGAUAUCACUUCACCACGGCUGCUAAACCAAUAGCAAAGACAGGGGCAACAUGUACGUGUCUCUCCUGAUGUCCACCUUUACGGUCCUGUUUCAACUCGGACACGCGUCGCUUCCUCUCGUCAUCAACACGUGGCCAUUCAAGAACGCGAAUGCUGCAGCGUGGAGCGCCCUGCAGUCCGGGGCCUCGGUGUUGGAUGCCGUGGAGACGGGCUGCGCCCGCUGCGAGGCCGAUCAGUGUAACGGCAGCGUGGGCUUCGGCGGGAGCCCGGACGAGUCCGGAGAGACCACGCUGGACGCCAUGAUCAUGAACGGGGAUACGAUGGAGGCGGGUGCAGUUGCGGACCUGAGAAGGAUAAAGAAUGCCAUUGGAGUAGCGAGAGCUGUGAUGGAGCACACUGACCACACACUGCUCGUGGGAGAGUCGGCGUCUGUGUUUGCUGAAAACAUGGGCUUCAUCGCAGAGGACCUGACUACCAACAAAUCUGUGAAUAUUCUCUCCGAGUGGCUGAAGGGCAACUGCCAACCUAAUUAUAGAAAGAACGUGCUUCCAGAUCCCUCCGCGUCCUGCGGACCCUACAAGCCGAGGGCGACAGCGAGACGGAACAAGAGGGCGCAGGGUGCCAACGAGCGCUCCCACGACACCAUAGGGAUGGUGGCUCUUGAUCGAGACGGUCACAUGGCUGCCGGUACAUCGACCAAUGGGCUAACUCACAAGGUUCCAGGCCGUGUCGGGGACUCUCCCAUCGUCGGAGCAGGGGCCUUCGUCGAUAGCUCAGCUGGGGGCGCCGCCGCUACCGGAGACGGUGACAUCAUGAUGCGCCUUCUGCCGAGUUACUUGGCCGUGGAGCUGAUGAGGGCCGGGGCAGAUCCCUCGGCAGCCUGCAAGACGGCCAUUUCCAGAAUCAAGAGGCAUUACUCGGGGUUCUUUGGAGCCAUCAUCUGUGCUAACACAACAGGCCAUUAUGGUGCCGCCUGUAACAAAGUCCCCGGCUUCUCCCAGUUUCACUUCAUGGUGUCAAACUCUGAGUCCGAAUCCCCACUCAUGGAAUAUGUGGACUGCCUCUGAAUGCUGUAUGAGUGUGUGUGUGUGCAACUCCUUUAUAUACUAAAAUGAAUUGGCACACUCCUUACUGUAUCUGUUUAGACUUGUUUUAAUUAAAAAAAAAAAAAAAAAUGUAAUUUAAAAACAUGUCGCAUGGCAUUUAAAUUAUUUCUUCUACUGUUUUGGAUAUUUAUUAAUCGUUCUCGUGAUGACUUUGAAACGCAUCGUUGACAGAUGAACAUGAUGCACAUUGUUGGAUCGGUAGGUCACACAGUUAAUGAACAUUCGCCACUCGUAACCAUGUUCACUACAAAUCUGUGUAUUUCACAACGUUAAUUAUGGUCCCUUUCUGUAUCGUACAUCCAUGUAUUUAAAUGAACAUAUAGACAUCCGAGUAAAACACAUUAACAACCAGGGAGCCAUGAAACCCCUGCUCCCUUCUCUACCCACUGGAAAAAGUCGCACUGUUUACCCUUUUGAAAGCAGCAAAUGUAGAAAUUCCGGCCGUUGUUGGGUCCCAGUUUCAGAACGGUCCUCAUUAAACAGCGUUUCCCAUGGUGACAAAGGGGGAAGUGCAAGUCAGCCCACUGCAACAGAGGAAAUAAGGUUUUUAUUAACGAUGUUAUCUUUUAUUUCAGGCAUUUAAAUUUGAUGCAAAUGCAUUGCAAUGGUUGUGGCGAAGCCGAAACUAAACUACUUUAAAAAUAAUAAUUAGUCGCUGCGACGCCUUUUCCAGAUUCACCUCGAAGAAGUUACACUUGGUUUCUCUGGGAAGCGAGCAGGCGUAGAACUGCCGUCCCUUGUUGUCCCCGUCCUUGUGGACCGUUCUGAGGGCGGCCGGACGGCGGUGGGAUGCACAACGGGGGGCGACGGGACCGGAGGAAACUAGGGGGCUCGUCGCUUCUAGUUUGCGCACACUGACGGGAGUGAAGGGAAAAACAGUCCUAUUAGUUUGAGACAAAUAGAAAAUAAAACGCAAGUGUGUACCCAUCACAUCAACUCUUUAUUAGGGGACAAACAACCUCUCUAUACCCGUGUGUGUUAACUUGCACUGCAUCCUACGAUGGCUAUUCAUCAAUCUGAACUUUGAAGAAAAAUAAAAACAUCUUUUAACAAUGUUGUAUUACAAUGCCACAGUCUUAUU